ACCUUGAGGAAUACCGUGGUGGAGAGCUUCACACUUGCCUGCCUCUCUUCCUUAAUUUCUCAGAAGCUUCGCUUCUUCAGCUUUAAUAAACACAAAACUCACACACACACAACACACACAUGUAGAGUUAUAUGUCUUCAUUUCUCCCUUAGUUUGAGUAGAUUGCGUGUGUCUGUGUGUGUGUGUGUUUCCGCGCAAGUGGGUUCUAUAGAAUUCUGAGAGUGAAGCUCUUUUGGUAAUUUGGUUUUUUUAUAUUAAUAUUUUCAAGAAAAAAUGAACUCUGAUUCAUGGGCUCGGAUUUCUACUUAUUCUAGGCGCUAUCAAUCUCGAUCAGAUGUAUAUCAUGGAGAAGAGUACGAGGGUGAAGAGGAGCAGAGGCCUGAGUUUCUAUGCCCAUUUUGUGCCGAAGAUUUUGAUAUUGUGGGGCUUUGUUGUCAUAUUGAUGAAGAGCAUGCCAUUGAAGCCAAGAAUGGGGUCUGCCCUGUUUGUGCUAAAAGAGUUGGAGCAGACUUGGUUCGCCAUAUAACCGUGCAGCAUGGAAGCCUUCUUAAAGUGCAGCGGAGGAGAAGAUUUCGAAGAGGAGGAUCCAAUUUGUCAUUUUCCAUUUUAAGAAAAGAGUUGAAAGAAGGGAAUCUGCAAUCCUUUCUUGGUGGAUCCUCAUUUUUGGUUUCCUCCUCUCGUAUGGAGACUGAUCCACUGUUAACCUCAUUCAUGCAAAAGGUGGUUGAUGAACCUUCUUCUGUCCAACCUCUAUCUUCGGCUGAGACUACCCUUAUGGCAGCGCCCUCCCAUGAGGGUUUGGCUGAUAGAGUCUUUAAACAGCCUCCUCUGUCAGAUGAGGACCUAAAAGAGAAGGCUCAAAGAUGCAAAUUUGUUCAAGGGCUUGUGCUGUCGACUUUUCUUGAUGAUGACUUGUAAACAUUGCAGUAUCCCCAGCAUAUAGCAGCUAUGCUAGUUUACAUUUUAGAAAUGGAAAUCUAGUUUGGUGGGAUUAAUAUCAGGAAACAGCUAUCAUUUUACUCUGUAUCCUGACUAAGACAUGAUUUAUCACAAAACAUAUUAUGUGCAUAAUGAAGCUAUGAAUGUUAGUAAGAUAUA